AUGUUUGCUCGAAAGAAAGUAGAUGGGAGGGAAUUAUCAAAGAAAUUAGACGCUCAAUUGAAAGCUAGCCAAGCCCAAGAACCCCACAACUCUGAAGAAUCCUACAAGUCUGCUACUGAGGGGGAAGAAACUGAGUCUUCUGAUACUGAAAAUGUAACUUCUGGCCCAGAUACUACUACUGAGUGCCAAGAAAAUAAGGGAAGUAGGUCUGGCGAAGCCGCUAAAGGGCUGGUUAACCUUGGGCAAAAAGUAGAUGAACCUGGUUCAUCAGUUGAAGAAACCCUCGCAGACCUAUUGAAGAAAGUAGGUGACAGCUACAACCCCAAGAAGAAGAGAACUUCCAAGGCUAAGACCCCUGGUAUUGCUAGGUCUAACAAGAAAAUGAAGGCCGCCCCUUCUGUCACUAUUGAAAUUCCUCCCACAAGAGGAAGAGCCACAAGAAGUCAGCUAAAGCAGAAUGAGGAAGAGCUGCAGAGAGCCUUAGAAGAAAGCAAAAAGAAAAGGAUGGACAAAGGGAAGAAGAAGGUGGGAGAGCCUGUUGAGGCUGUUGAUGUUGAUGAGAUGGACCUGGUCCAUCAAGAUGAAGAUGUGAUUGCUGAAGUGGAGGUUCAGACUCCCAAGCCCAAGAAAGCCAAGACUUCUACUAAGAAGUCUACUUCUAUGUCAAAGUCUGUUGAACCAUCCACCCUGACAAAAAGGACCAGGUCUGCAGUGAAAACUAAAAAGGAAAAUAUUGCUGAGGAAGAAUGGAGUGGAUAG